AUGUCUGGCGAGGGACCGGAAAGUGUCCCGACGUCGGCCGACCCGCGCUCCAAACGCCCGACCAAGAAGCGCGCCCUGACCCCGGUCUCGGAGCAGGCCGCGCACCUCGACGCCCUUUUCGCCAAGCCCGACCAGGAGAUACGCUUCCCGACCGGCGACAAGAAGCCUAGGCUCGCCGCUCCCCCCGAGAUCGUCACCAACGUCCAGGGCUCCAGCGCCGGUGCCGGCUCGGGCGAGUUCCACGUCUACAAGGCCAGCAGGCGGCGUGAGAAUGAGCGCCUCAGGGUCAUGGACGAGGAGUUGAAGAAGGAGCAGGAGAAGCAAGAGUUUGAGAGGAGGAGGGCGGAGAAUGGGACCAAGGACGACGAAAAGACGAGGAAGAACAGGGAGAAGAGGGAAAAGAAAAAGGCCGCAAAGCUUCGGGCUAUACAGGCCGACAAGUCAAAGUCGAAUACAGAGGCGGCCAAAGCUGCGAAAAGUGGUGGCGAUGAUAGCGGUGACGGUGAUGGCGGUGGCGAUGGCAAAAAUGAAGGCUCCGAUGCUGGUCUGCAGCCCAUCAGUGCCGUCAUGGCGGCGGCCGCAGAGACGGCUAGAGCCGAGGCCAGCAAUGGGAACGGUACCCCAGGCUCUGCACAGACUCCCGGUAUAGUGAUACACGACGAUGACUGA